AGCUGACAUCACCCGCUUCUCCUUUUGAUGCUCUUCCUCCUCCACUGGUAGCUAGCCGUCUUUCGAAACAAAGCUUUAUCAGUCUCUUAGCCUGUCUGGCAUCAAAUUUUAGAUUUGAGCCAAGCGUAAGCCGCUACUCUAGCAGGUUAGACCACCGGAUAUGCUGCUGGAGUGGAUGAUGAACGGACACGCAAUUCUUUACACGGGGGUCACUUUGGCCUUCUGGAGCACCAUACUAAUCGUUGGUAUCUGUUAUACCAUUUUUGACCUCGGAUUUCGCUUCGAUGUGGCAUGGUUCCUGACGGAGACGUCUCCUUUUAUGUGGGCCAACCUGGGCAUUAGUUUGGCCAUCUCUCUGUCUGUGGUGGGAGCUGCCUGGGGCAUCUACAUCACUGGAUCGAGCAUCAUCGGCGGUGGUGUCAAGGCUCCACGGAUCAAAACCAAAAAUCUGGUCAGCAUUAUCUUCUGUGAAGCUGUUGCCAUUUAUGGGAUCAUCAUGGCUAUUGUUAUCAGCAACAUGGCUGAGAGCUUCAGUGGAACAACCCCUGAGACCAUUGGAGCACGAAAUUACCAAGCUGGUUACUCCAUGUUUGGGGCUGGUCUGACUGUGGGCUUCUCCAACCUGUUCUGCGGGAUCUGCGUCGGCAUCGUCGGCAGCGGGGCAGCUCUGGCCGACGCCCAGAACGCGAGCCUCUUUGUCAAGAUCCUCAUCGUGGAAAUCUUUGGCAGCGCAAUUGGCCUGUUUGGUGUCAUUGUAGCCAUUCUGCAGACUUCAAAAGUAAAGAUGGGUGAUUAGAAGAUGUUCUCACUCUGAGAAGAAGACACUGCUGGAAAAAUACGAUGGAUUAUUGUGUACAUAUGUCGUAAAUUAUUUAAAUGUCUAUAUUUACCUGGUUUUAUUUUUAACUAUCAUUCAGGUGUGAGUGAGUUAUUUUUAAAGGGGAAACAUAGAUGUUGUAUAAAAUGGGGGAAAAAUGGUGAAAUGUUGGAUUUUCCUGUAAAUUACUUCCCCUUCCUUCUCUCUUCAGAUGAGCUAAAUGAUUGAACAAGUCUGAAUCUGUAACUUUAAGCUGUGACAAAGUGAUCAUUUGCAGCUAAGUUAGCAUCGAUCUGACCACUCUUGUUGAAUGGUAGGUAAAAAUUACACAGGAAUAUGUGAAAAUAUUGUGUGUGUGCGUGUGUAUGCUUGGUAUUUGAUUUUUUUCUUUUCUGUAAAGCAUGAGAAGGUUGUUUAUAGCCUGGUCUGUCAGAUUUUGUUUCUGUAUUUGCUCAUUGCUAAUUAUCAAGUGGUCCCUAAUUCACACAAACGGCCCACAUACAGUAUUUUUUAUGUCUCUUCAGAGCUCUGGAGUUUAACAUAAAAGUAUUGUUCUGAAAUUGUGAAACUUUGCCCAAAGUUGACCUCAAACAUCAGGAAAAUGUUCACAAAUUGAAAUGAUAGGAAAGCUUAAUGGUGACUACAGCAUUUGUCUUUAACCUUCCCAAGCAGAAAUAGUUAUUUGACUUUAAUUAAACAAGCUAUUGAGCAUUUCUGCCUUCUUAUUGAGCUGUUUAAUGUCACCAUCUUAGGAACAAAGAAGUAAAGAGUUAUUGGUUUAUUUUAAACAGUUCCAAACUUCAUCACCAAAUUCACUUGUGCACAUUUUUUUUAUGUCUUUUACACAAAAGUUAGCUUUUGUUAAUCCGUGUUUGAUUUGUGUACAUUAUUUUAAAUGCAUAGCAUUUUGUUGCAAGACGUCAACAGGUUAUUGUUUACCAAUUAUUGAUAACAUUCCAUAAAUUGUGAAAUUGAGGCGUCGGCGGGGAAAUAAAACUUGAACGUUGGUGGAUUGUUGUAACCUCACAGAUGUGGUACGGUGGUGGUUCUUCAGUGUUUCAGGUCAUUUUGUUUAAUGGUGAAGUUUUAUAAACUGUUUGGCUUCUAGGUUUCAGAGGAAAAUGAACAAGGUGCGCAAUGAGGGCGGAUAUUUUCAUGCAUUAUUUCAGAGACAUGACAGACCAGUUUUGUUUGUCUGAUAUUCCUUGUUUUUACUCCUUCAUUUCCUCUUUUUUUAUUUAAUUUGACAAACAUGUUUAAAGCAUUAGACUUCCAAGAUUUGGUAACCAAGGAUGUGCAUCAAACCCCAGACUUACAGUAAUUUUUUAGAUGGUGCCGUGUGUACGUUUAUAUGUUGACGUGAUGGUGAUCAGAAAAUAAUUCGUUUUCGAUGACAUGCAAGUCAAAAAACAAAAUCAAAUUCACUUUCUGGCUUCAUAAAUGUCCUUGAGAAAAUAAAAUGAUUUCAUCAACA